AUGGCUCUGCGGAAACUUUAGUAGCCGAAACACGCGUGCGAUACUCUUCACGUGGUUUCAUCGAUUCACUACCGGGACUGGAGCAUCUGUGUUCGUUUUCAAUGUCGAUUUAGAUAAGACACUUCAUUCUAGUAGGGCAGUGAACCAACGGGGUGUGCCACUGGAAUUUCGUUGGAAAGCUCGAGCGUAUUGUCUGUCUCUUCACCAAACUUUGUAAAACCUCUGAAUUCUCGUCGAGCGUGUCGCUUCAGACAAGUAUUAGUUAGCCUACUAAAACUGAUUAGGACUGUGAUAUUACAUUCGACUGCAGGCAUACUUGCUUGCGGUGAUGAUAUCCGGAAAAAUUCGACAAGUUAGGCUACCUGUUUACAGUGGCCUACUAUUUCUUGUUCUGUCUUACUCGACGCAUACCGCGAAAUGCGCUACCAUAGCUCCGCAAACUGGCAUUCCAAAUGCUGAGCAGACUAGUGCGCUUAGCUCGUGGAAUCCAACAGUACCCGAUACUUCUGUCAGGACUGAAGAAGUUUUCCACCAAUCGCCGGGCAGUAGCGUGCGCUUACACUCACCAGCUGUUUCCACGGGAACUAGCAUUUCAACCAGUGAAAAUGAACGCGCUGCCUCAUCGGCUACUUCUUCGAGGCUCGCACGGUCAACAGGUCUCUUUGAAUCGACGGGAACGGAAGCCAAGAUGUCAGCGACAAGCCCCUAUACCCCUAGUUCAUCGAACACAAGUCCAGAAGAACCUUCUUCAACAGCUGCUGGUAUGCAUGAACCACAAAAAUCAAGGUUUAUUGAAGACUUGAAAGCCGGUAUUAGGCAUUUCAUGUCGACUAUGGGCAACGGGCUCGCAAGGAAGCUACUGCAAGCUGAAGUAUCGACGGAAUGUAGCCUCGGCGUGUUGAAGUUCAUGCGCGCCAUCCAGGAGCUCGAGCCAUGGGCCAUGAGACUGAUCGACUCUACGGCCAAGUACCCGAACGGCAUGCUCCAGGCUUCCACGGCCGACUUGGGCGCUUACGACGAGUGCAUCGAAACUGUCGUGGAAGACGAAUACGGCGACGUCAAAGUGCGUGGCCAGUACUGCAACGUUCACGUGUCCCUCGGCGACGAUCACUCAUUCAUCGGUGACAUACUGCCUGCAUUUUUCUACUCACACAGGAGGACCCAAAACUUUACUUCCUAUGUCACGGACAAGAGGCUGCCCGGUCUUCGUCUCGGCGUAUGCUUCGUGAAUUCAUGCAACGCGAAAGACCUCACCAACAUCGCACAAACACUAAUGGGAAACGUGGCAAAAAUUGUUGUCAAGAACUGCGUGACGAACGAGGAUGAAGGAAUCAGCAACGCACAAGCCUGGAUAAUUGGUUAUUUGGCUAUCCUAGCAGCUGUUAUUGUAGCAGCGACGGGUUUUGAGCUACUGACGGAAAACUGGGACAAGAGUUCCAAGAAUGCUCUUCUAUACAGGAGCGUUGUGGCGUUCUCAGCCUUGUCAAACACACGACUCAUUUUGAGCGUCAACAAGGACAAGGAAUCGGAAACUUACUCGUACCGCUUCAUGCAUGGCAUCCGCUUCUUGAGCAUCUUUUGGAUUUGUCUUGGGCAUUCCUACGGAACCAUCACUGAAAACAUAACAAGACUUGUGAAUGCCCUUCACUACUUCGAGCGCUGGGAAACACUUAUUGUAACAGCAGGCUACUUGGCUGUGGACAGCUUCUUCUUUUUCAGUGGAUUUUUAUUAUACUACACAAUCAUCAAACAAAAGCGCAACCGAUUUGUCGUAGCUGUGGUCGCAAUCAUCAGAAGAUACAUAAGGGCCACCGUGCCACUCUUCUUCAUGAUCAUGUGCAUGUACCUGCUGCCGCUGAUUGCGACGGGACCCAACUCGAAAGAAUUCUACAUCAGAUUCUACGCCGAAAUGCGCAAGCACUGGUGGGACUUGCUCUUCCAGCUACGUAACUGGAGGGCGGACACAGAAGUGUCCACCAUGCCUCACCUGUGGUACCUCUCUGCAGACUACCAGUUUUUCCUGGUUGCGCUGAUAAUUAUCCAGAUCUUUAGAACGAGAAAAUGGCUGAUUGCGUUAAUCUUUAGUGUGUUGUCACUUGUGUCCUGUGGCAUCGCUGCCUGGCAGAUAUACGGCACCAACAUGACACCAUUCCUUGUGCCGGUGGCAAGUGAGUUUAGCACAGUACUGGACACGCUAAACCACUAUUACAUGCUUCCAUUCUACCACGGCGUCUGCUACUUCUCUGGAUGCCUAACAUUCCUCCUCGUCAAGAAAUAUGGAAAAGCGAAAAUUUCAAAGAUGAUCCAGGCAUCACUGUGGUGCAUCAGCUUAUUCUGCGGUCUGUACUGCCUGUUCAUGAAGAUCGAGUGGUACCGAAGCAGUGAACGGGCUGCGGAGUCGAAGCGCGUGUUUUACGCUUUCACUGACCGCAUCUUGUGGUCUAUCUGUGUGGCGUGGUUUGUCUUCGCCUGCUCUACAGGCAGAGGAGGAUUCGUCAACCGCUUUCUAUCCUGGAAUGGAUUUGUGCCGCUGAGCCGGUUGUCUUUCGGCGUGUAUCUCAUUCACUCACCGUUCUUCAUCCUCAUGUACAACAUCGCCAGGGAACGCAUCUUCUUCUCGCACUUCACGCUGGUAUCCCAAUGCUUCGCUGUCAUGGUGUGGAGCUACAUCUUAAGCUAUUUCCUCUUCAUCGCCUGCGACGCGCCAACGGGACACUUGGAUAAGCUGGUGUUCAUGCGCGAGCGGCGAAAGGAACCAACGCGGUCUGACGUAAUGGCCAAUGGCGUUCAUCACAACGGCAACAACAACGUCGGGGACUUGCCCGUCGGGUUCAUCGAAGAGGGCCCAAUCAAGAACUACUGGACUGUGCCCCCGUCUAUAGGAAGUUGCGGCGACGGCUGCUGUACCGAGAAGAGUUGCCGCCUGUGAUGUUUAACACGCGCCAACAAAAGCGAAGUGAGCUCGUUGGUGGUGGACAAUCUACUCGAAAAGCGGCAAUAUUCCGGCAACCGAUGCUUGUGCGCGCGGCUGCUGUACAAUUGCCCCCCCCC